AUGGCGCGACCAUUUGAGAUGAUAAGCGACAUUAACGACCACAUGGAGUUGUGGAAGAUUUCCGUCAAAAUUCAUCACAAAUGGAAGGUAACGACUGCAUCGAAGGAGCAUUUCGAGAUGGUGGUCUUCGACAAACAUGGCCAUGACAUAGAUUUUAUCCUGAAAUUCACGGGUGGUACAACUGUAGGAGAUACUGGCAAGCAUGAUAUCGACAAUAAGCCUAGAAACUUAACCCCUUUUGUUGAUGUAAUAUCUGAGAAAUGGCAAAGGAUUGUUCUUUGUGAUGUUAUUGGUGUCUUUGACGAAGUAAGCUACACACAGUCUCAUACGAGAGGGAAAAACCUCAGGUUAACUUGGUGUUGCGCGAUUUACGCAACAACACAUGUUAUAGGAAGCCUAUUCCAUGAAGUUCUUAGAGUACCAACAAAAACAGGUUGA